GUUGGUCGCGUUGGCGGCGUAAACGUGAGCGUCGCAAGCGUCGUCUGGCAACCCGCAUGGCGGCUGCCAUGGCGAUGUUUGAAGAGAGGCGUAGCAAACAUACUUUGCUCGAUGAUACCCAUCCACUCUCUUGUGUUAUCGAGUCCUUCGAGAACUCCCAGGGUCACACUUUGUACAUACUGCGGGUGCACAGAGGGACAGACACAUCGUGGACUGUAUCAAGGCGGUACAGCGAUUUCGACUCCCUUAAUGGCUACUUGCAAGCGUCCGGCAUUGAGCUGCCGCUACCUCCCAAGAAGGUCUUCAACAAGAUGAACAGAGAGUUUGUGGCUGAAAGGCAGCAAAAGCUGCAGGAAUACAUUGAUAAGGUGCUAGCACAUCCUCUGCUGUCCGUAAGCGUCCAUGUGAAGCGAUUCCUGGACCCCCACAACUACAGCCAGAAUUUCCGAGAACUGGCUCUCCAGCACGUUUCAAUGCUGUUCCGGUCAGAAGAACAGUGGGAGGUCGUGCAGCUUCUGCCAGAAAUUGGGUGGCGUCUUAGAAAACAAUACAUUCUUGUCAAACCAAAGGGGGAAUCUAGAGAAAGACACCUUCUUUCUUGGGUUCCACUGGGCCCGGACUUUUACCUAAGUGUUAAGGAUCUUCAAAGUGCAUUGAAGAUUAUUUCCUCAGUUCAACAUCCGCACAUCUGGCCCACGUCGCUGUGUACUGUCAACGAGAGCGGGGCCAUAAUUAUAAGGAACCUUUCGCACGAGGGCUCAUUACGAGAUCUUCUGUAUCGAGCGAGGCUGCAGGAGUGCUACCUGAGGAAGUACUGCAGCCCGAGAGAGUCCUUUGCGCUGACGUCUGAGGCCAUAGCAAAGCUGGGAAACCAAAUACUGCACACACUCAAAAUGCUGCACGACAGAGGCUUGUAUCAUGGACACCUGCACCUGGGAAAUGUGGCAAUCCUCGCGAGUGGUUGUGCAUUGCUAGACUUGGAGAACCAGCUGUUAGGCUUACCAUGCCAGUUGAGGCCUUUUAUUGUUACUUUAAAGAAAGUUAAGACUCUCGAAUCAAUCGACGUCUACAGUUUCGGUCACAUGGUCUACGAGAUGGCAUUCGGUCGACCAUGUCCAACGGCGACGUGCGAUUCGUAUCCACCAUCUUGUCCCCCCGAAUUAAGGUCGGUGCUAGAAGCACUGCUUACGACCGAGGCUUGCAAAAAUGGUUUACCUACAAUAGCGGACCUGUUACUUCACCCGUUCUUUAGGAGCUGUGUAGCAACAAAUGGAUCCACACCAAAGCUGCCCAUGAAGUUCCCCAGCCAGCUGCGGGAAUCCCUUAAAACUGCCCGAGAGUUGACGGAGAGGAGGUUGCAGGAGGACCAGAGACAGUGGAGGCACCAAGAAAAAUUACUCAAGGCUCACGCCCUCCUGGGUUCUGAGGAAGAAAGAAAGCGGAGAGCAGUUGAGCUGAAAAAGCGGAGGCAACAGAGUGGGAAACAGACACCAUCGUCCCAGCAUGCAUCUCCGACAACCCCCGAAGACGCUCCAGUGACAUCUCCAACGUCGGCCGUACCUCCCCCUCCCCCACCACCUCCUCCACUUUUGAGUCCUCCCCCACCGCCACCUCCACCUCCAAAUGGAGGCCCCCCUCCCCCUCCGAAUGGUGUCCCUUUCCCUUCCAAUGGUGCCCCACCACAGACCGGUGGCAGUGGGGACCGCAAAGCCCUCUUGUCGUCCAUAACAGGUUUUAAUAAGGGCGCCCUCAAGAAGGCAGUCACCAAAGACUGCAGCGUACCAAAACUAUAACACUGUCUUAUAUUUUCAUGAUGAGAAUGAGAUAAGAUGAGUGUCUUCGGUCACGUAACCUACAGAGGGCUUAUUUUAUUGUUGGAUGCACAAGGGAUCCGUGCUUUUGACGUUUGUGUUUGUGUAAAACACCCCAUAACAGAGUCCUAAGAACAAAGCUGUACCUUGCUAGUCCUAGAUUAAGCUUUCUGCAACGUUUGAAUAAGUGGGUUCUUGGCCUGGGGUAGGCCUGGCGUUUUGUGUAGAAUAUGACUAGUUGAUGAAUGUAGAGGGUGGGAUCAAGAUCUACUUGGCAAAAGUAACAACAAAAAUACAAAACACUGAUGCUUUACUUUAAUGGAUACAAGCUUUCAUGCAGAGGACUGCAUUCCA